AUGGAAUCCUUGUCCACGCCGCCAGGACGCGCGAGGUGGCGGGCCUCCCCAAGCCGCCAGGACGCGCGAGGUGCGGGCCUCGCCGGCGGCCUCCCCACUCCGCCACGACGCGCGAGGUGGCUGGCCUCGCCGGCGGCCUCCCCAAGCCGCCAGGACGCGCAAGGUGGCGGGCCUAGCCGGCGGUCUCCCCACGCCGCCGGGACGCGCGAGGUGGCUGGCCUCGCCGGCGGCCUCCCCAAGCCGCCAGGACGCGCGAGGUGCGGGCCUCGCCGGCGGUCUCCCCACGCCGCCGGGACGCGCGAGGUGCGGUCUCCCCAAGCCGCCAGGACGCGCGAGGUGCGGGCCUCGCCGGCGGUCUCCCCACGCCGCCAGGACGCGCGAGGUGCGGGCCUCCCAAGCCGCCAGGACGCGCGAGGUGCUGGCCUCGCCGGCGGCAUCCCCACGCCGCCACGAGGCGCGAGGUGGCUGGCCUCGCCGGCGGCCUCCCCAAGCCGCCAGGACGCGCGAGGUGGCGGGCCUCGCCGGCGGCCUCCCCACGCCGCCAUGACGCGCGAGGUGGCUGGCCUCGCCGGCGGCCUCCCCACGCAGCCACGACGCACGAGAUGGCCGGUCUCGCCAGCGUCCUCGAUGGGGCGGCUCUGGGAGGUGAGGAGGCGCAGUGAGUUCCAAUGGGGCGGCGGCGCAGUGAGAUCCGAUGGGGCAGCGGUGGUUAACUCCGAUGGGGCGGAUUAG